CUUUACGGUACUUAUAAAGCUGCAACGAUUGGUUCUUGUAAUACUCCAAAACCUUCUUUACUAGAUUUUAGAGGUAGAGCCAAGUGGGAUUCUUGGAAUGAAUUAGGUGAAAUUUCAAAAGAGGAGGCAAAACAACGUUAUAUCGAUAUUUUGGAACAAGCAAAUUUUGGAUGGAGUAAAGAUCGUAUGGACAAUGAAGAAACGAAGGCUAUUCCACAAGAUAGAUAG